AUGACAGACUGUAAAGGAUGACAGCACGCGCUGCUCUUGGAUGAACUGCCAGCGCCGACCUUAUCGCGCAUUUAGCUCUUUCAAUCGUUUGUUUUGAACGAGUCGUUCGUCGGCAGAGCAGCUGCUGAGCAAAGUUGACCGUGUGGACGUGUCGGUUAGUGAGACCGGAUGUGGGUGCAGACUGGACCGGCGGAGUCAGGAGCCGGCAGCAGCAGCACAAGUCACACCCUGCUCUGCUAAACUGGAACCAGAUAUGACUGACUCAUCGCCAUGGCAAGACUGCAGGAGAUAACCAAGACUACCGGCUACUGCAGUGUGGAUCAGCCCAGCGCUUGACUCUGUCCGGAUUGGUUUCGCAACAGACUCUGUACCGCAGCACAAUGAACGCCUCCGGUUACACGUUUGUGACCCGAGAUGACAACAGCACUGUUUAUGCCGAGGUUUCCAAAAUCCUCAUCUCCACCGGACAGUGGAAGCGGCUGAAAAGAGACAAUCCGAGAUUCAACUUGAUGCUGGGCGAGAGGAACAGGUUGCCCUUUGGUCGUCUAGGCCACGAGCCUGGUCUGGUCCAGUUGGUGAAUUACUACAGAGGAGCAGACAAACUUUGCAGGAAGGCGUCACUGGUUAAACUCAUAAAGACCUGCCCCGAACUGACCAACUCCUGCAGCUGGUUCCCGGAGUCCUACAUCAUCUAUCCGACCAACCUCAACACUCCGGUGGCGCCGGCCACAAAUGGCCUCAGCCAUCUGAAGAGCAACCCCAAGACUGAUGAGCGGGAGGUGUUCCUGGCCUCGUACCACGCCAAGAAGGACAGCGGGGAGGGCACAGUGUGGAUCGCAAAGUCGUCCGCAGGAGCUAAAGGCGCUGGAAUUUUGAUAUCUCACAACGCCACUGAGCUGCUGGACUACAUCGACAAUCAGGGGCAAGUUCAUGUGAUCCAGAAGUACCUGGAGAAGCCGCUACUUCUGGAGCCUGGACAUCGGAAGUUUGACAUCAGGAGCUGGGUUCUGGUGGACCACCAGUACAACAUCUACUUAUACCGUGAGGGCGUGUUGCGGACGUCAUCGGAGCCUUACAACAGCUCAGAUCUCCAGGACAUGACCAGCCACCUGACCAACCACUGCAUUCAGAAGGAGCACUCCCAGAACUACGGACGGUAUGAGGAAGGGAACGAAAUGUUCUUCGACGAAUUCAGGCUCUACCUGCUCAACACUCACAACAUCACGCUGGAGUCCAGCAUUUUACCUCAGAUCAAGCAGAUCAUCAAGAGCUGUCUGACGUGCAUCGAGCCGACUAUCAGCACCAAACUUCUGUCCUAUCAGAGCUUCCAGCUCUUUGGAUUUGAUUUCAUGGUGGAUGAGAGCUUCAAGGUUUGGCUCAUUGAGAUCAACGGAGCGCCAGCUUGUGCACAAAAACUCUACCCAGAGCUGUGUCAAGGGAUCGUGGACGUGGCCAUCUCCAGCGUCUUCCCCCUCAGCAGCGGCAGCGAGAGCUCCUCCGCGUCCUCCUCUCCAUACUCCUCCUCACCAUCCUCCAUGUUCACCACCAACUCGUGCUCCUCGCCCAAACUCCGAGCGCCGCUGCACGUCGGGCCCUUCACUCGACUCUGAGCUAUUGAAAACAAAGUGACCCCCCCCUGAGCUUCUCCCUGAGUAGAAGGGCCCCCUUGUAAGUUACCGAAAGAGACGCUCCCGCUGAGGCUACGUCCACACUACUGUGUUUUGAGUCCUGUUAUGUUUCAUAUAUAUGUACUUUAGUUUCCAGGCCAUUCUUAUUGUGUGUUGUCACACCUUCACCGAACUUACCAAGUUUGGAUGAAUGACUGCAAACAUAAAUGAUAAGCUUAUGCAGAGGUGAGCCACAAUGACAGGUUGCAUCCCACCUGUCAGGCAGUUUGUUACAAGGAACAGUUGUAAGCUUUGACUGUUACAUCUAGUAUUUAAAGUUGGCAUGUUAGCAUCUGUUGUAGACCAAAAUUGGAGCUUUUAAUCUACUCCCAUUACAUUUUUGUGGGCAUUACCUUCUUGGCUUCUGACGUCGAGCUGACUGGAGUGGCUUCAUUUGGAAACAUAGUAUUGUGGGUGUAGCCUGAGACUUUAGUGCCUUACACUUCCAACCAUGCCCCCUUAAAGAGCUUGUUGACUUACUGUGACCGUUGAGUUUUUGUAUUGUCAAAGUGUGCGUAUUCCGCUAUAGAGCAAGCCCAGACCCCAAAUCGUGGUGAAUAUGUUCCUUCGGUUCCGUCUCUCCACGACUUUGCCUGCUCUUUGUCAGUAGCUACGGAGAUAGAAACAAAAUAGUAGCAAGACUCCAUCAUGAAGGAUCCCAAAUCCCCCCUCAGACCGGUCCAGUAUUAUCCUUGUUUCUGUAUGGUUUUUGCCCUCAGGUUUGUUCUAGUGUGGUGCAAGCAUGUUUAGCCUUUUGCAUCUGUUUAGCUCUGAUGUGUUGCCUUUAUAUUUUAAAAAUAGAUGUGUUGUGUGCAGGUGUUGAAGUAGAUUGUGUAGAAGUACGACAAGGCCCCUGGACUACACUGAUAGCUGAACAAUGACUGUUCAUUUUUAUUUGAGUUGCAUGUUAUUUGAGUGUCCUUUUAAACAAGUUGUUUUAUUGAGGAAUUAGGUGCAAAUUUGAAAGCGUCAUCGACGAUGUCUUCCACAGAGAUUGGGGGGUGUGAGCUCAGUCACCUGUGAGACACUUGGAGAAGAGCUUCUUAAUGAAUAUUCCAGUGUUCUGCCACAAGAUGGCGCAUGCAGCGUGAUGCUAACGUGAAGAAGACACGCACGUUCUGCAUUUGUUGAAGCUAAAUGAGGCCUUGAAAUUGUUGGUGAAGGAAUGUAGAAACUGGACACUUUUGGCUGCUUGGCUUUUCAGAUUCUGUGCCACUGUGAUCACCAAAUUGUCAAAAACUGUGUCAUCUGAUUGCCUAAUCUGAAAAUAUUUUUUUAAUAAGCAAUAAGGGGAUUCAUUUCUGGAGAAGGUGGAGGCAGUUGCAUAUUGACAAAAGUAAUUUGACUGUCUUGGCUCGGAUGACUUCCUGCGUGAUGUCAUUUCCUGUCCAGAGUUUUGCACAUUCAUUGUUUGUGAUGUUUCCUGGGCUUCAUAUUUCCUUCUUUCUACCAAAGAGAAAGUCCUGCUGUGUAAUCGAAUCACAUCGGUUUGUGUUUGGUUCAAUGGGGUUCGUGCUCGCGAGUGCUUCGACAGACAGGAGGGAUGUUCGUCGAGUGUGUGUGUUGUUACUUUCCAAGCUCUUGCAUGAACAUUUAUCUGAGACAAUGUUGCAAGAAUAAAAAUCAUGACUGAGCUUGUCUUAUUUUGGCCUCCUGAAACAUUGUAAUGGAAUAAUAGAUGUGCAGAUGUGGACAAGAUGGGGGCCCCAUGUGACCCUUUGACUGCCAACAUCUGACCUAGGGGUUGAUAA